GGCCUGUCAUCCCCAAGCCCUGCCUCGCGCUUCUGACGGCACCUCCCUCUGCAGCUUCCCCGCCGCCAGCCGAACGCUAUAUCAGAGACUCAAUCGGAGUGGUCCGUUACAUAGCCCGGUCACUCAACACUAAUAGCCUACCACACGAAGUAUCCUGCGCAUAGGGUGUCAGAGAUCGCCUCUGCUUUUUAAAUUCCACUCGUCCUGCAUGCGCUUGUUGGAUUCUGCACCGUGUGUCUUCAUGAGCGAGCAGCACCCGUACAAGAUUUCACAGUAUACCCCGAUCCUAGAUCUGCCACUAUGGUUAAAUGUCUUGUUUAAUGGUUGAGAGGUGUGGAGCGAUCUCAUUUGAAAGUCCAGAUCAGAAUGCCAUAUGCAUUCACAUGCUGGGGGAUGGAGGCCUGAGAGGGCAGACAGCAGUAUUGUCCGAGCGUAGGGGGUCAUACCCGUUCAUCGACCUGCGACUGUUAAACACCACUGUUCACCCGGGAGAAAUCGGCACCAAGAAGAAGGUGAAGAGGCUGCUAAGCUUCCAGCGCUACUUCCACGCUUCCAGACUGCUGAGGGGCCUCACCCCCCACACCUCCCUGCACCUGCUGGACGAGGACUACCUGGGCCAGGCCGCGCAUAUGCUGUCAAAGGUCGGAACAUGGAACUUUGACAUCUUCCUGUUCGACCGUCUCACCAAUGGCAAUAGCUUAGUCACACUUCUGUGUCAUCUUUUCAACGUCUAUGGACUUAUUCAUCAUUUCCAAUUGGACAUGGUGAAGCUGCAUAGAUUUCUGGGCAUGGUGCAGGAGGACUACCACAGCCAGAACCCGUACCACAAUGCCGUGCACGCCGCUGACGUCACGCAGGCCAUGCACUGCUACCUGAAGGAGCCCAAGCUGGCACAGUACCUCACUCCAAUGGACAUCUUCCUGGGGCUCAUGGCUGCCGCGGCCCAUGACGUGGAUCACCCGGGGGUGAACCAGCCCUUCCUCAUCAAGACCAAACACCACCUGGCCAGUCUGUACCAGAAUACCUCGGUGCUGGAGAGCCACCACUGGCGCUCCACAGUGGGCAUGCUCAGAGAGUCGGGCCUCCUGUCCCACCUGCCUGCUGACAUAACACAGGACAUCGAGCAGCAGCUGGGGUCCCUCAUCCUGGCCACGGACAUCAACCGGCAGAACGAGUUCCUGGGGCGCUUCAAAUCCCAGCUGGACGGCGACGACAUCAGCCUGGAGGACGCCGACCACCGGCACUUUGUGCUGCAGAUCGCCCUGAAGUGUGCGGACAUCUGUAACCCGUGCCGGGACUGGGAGCUCAGCCGGCAGUGGAGCGAGAGGGUGUGCGAAGAGUUCUACAGACAAGGUGACCUUGAGAGACGGUUUGAGCUGGAGGUCAGCCCCCUGUGUGACCAGCGGUCCAACUCUGUCCCCGUCAUACAGACAGGCUUCAUCACGUUCCUGGUGGAGCCCCUGUUCGAGGAGUGGGCGCGCUUCACGGACAGCAGCCUGCUGGCAGAGUGCAUGCUGGGACACCUGCGGAAGAACAAGGAGCAGUGGGGUCGGCUGCGGCUCGGGGAGCAGGACGCGGCGUGCCCCCCCCCCGGCACGGGGCAGGAGGAGGAGAGGGGCACGGGGGUCCCGUAGACACCCCCUCUCUGGAUCUCCCGAAAAAAAAGACCCCUUGCCUUUUCCCUGCGGGGGAAAAAAAAACUCCUUCCGGGAUCAAAGCCCGUGCGCUGGGCUGUAGCGCGUUCCGCUAACGCUGCGCGGCCGAUGGCGCACGGGAGAGACAAAGCCAGCGAUUGGCCGGACCGAUUCUUCAGUUACCUCCCCCCUCACAGGCCACACCCCCCCCCCGCCCCUCACCAGCCCCCAGCCACCCCCGCGUCCACCCAGCACCCCUCCCGUUUCCCCCUCUGACAUUCCCCGCGGCCUCUCCUGUUGUUUUUACGGUUUCAGCACGGACCAAUGCGGGGGCGGGGGGGGGGGGGGCUGUUCGCGGGGCGGGGCAGUCGAGACAGCCCUGUCCAAGUUUCUCAGUCCGGGAAACCGAAAACCCAGCAGCAUCGGGAGGAGGAGCACAGCGUCUUCAGAGGACUGACAAAAAAAAAAAACAAAAACAAAAAAAGAACACACACACACACACACACAAACAAAACAGCAGCUGGGCUGCACUUCAGCGAUCUGUUCUGUAAACCCAGUUUUUUUACAGGAUGUUUUAAAAACAUGUUUACCUUCUUUUUUCUAAUAUUUGCACCAAAAAUUUGGACAGUCCCCUACUUGCUUUACUGCAUUUAAAAAAUAAAAAAACAAGUGCUAGACUAGUCUCUAAAACAAAGCUAUGAACCCGAAGUGUUUUUUCCCCCAAACAAGAUGAACACCUGGCUUAGUUUGAUGUCAUAUGUCUAAUUUUUAUAAGCUUUUAUGUCGCUUUAGUGGAUAUAAUUGUAUAUUUCAUAAAUUAAGCUACUGGUUCACUUGCCAAAUGAAUAUUGGUACCUGUAUAAAACAAGGGUAACUUGUCACUCACAUAUACUGUUACUUUUAAAAUAAACUGUAAAUACUUAAACAACUCUACACUUUUAUGUGCACACAUAACAAAGCCUUAACAUAACUUUUUUUCUGCUGAUUACCACACACAAUUGUUUAAUUAUAAAUUAUUUUAUGUUGUUUUUUUAUAAGUCAAACUACCUGUAUUUGUACUCUGUUUUUCACUGGUGAAACCUACUUCGCUAGAUCCAGAAAGACACUGUCUGCUUACAUCCUGGUGGUUCCCACAGUGAUCUCAGACUGUCAGAAUUUAUCACCUGCGUUGAUAAAUUGUUUUUUUCCUGAGCAACUUCAUGAUUGGUGGAGCUCAUCCAUUUUUUUUCUGGUAAAUAUGACACCAGAAUAAUUUAAUCCCUAUUAACUGUAGUUUGUACGACAGCAUUUGUAGCUGAUUACCCGUUCACGCUAGUGUUCAUUCUGAAAGGCCGUUUGAAUGGACACAAUCCCAGCCGUCUGUUGGCUUUACUGUUAGUAUUCAGCAUACUUGAAACGCUGUACAAGGCCAGGUCUGAAAAACAUUUUCAUUUCUACGAUACAUCCUGUAGCACCGUCACAAACCACUUACAAGUGGGUGCCAUCUUUUACCUUUUUACAAGCUGCGUGAACUUUCGCGGAAGAGAAACAAUUCAUUAUCACAGCUGAACCGCACACCAGUGAACUGAGCCUUCCAGUGCAGGAAGACUGUGUUCCUAUAGAAAUCCAUCACUUUCAUGGGACUUAAAAUGCCAUAAUUUUCCAAACACUGUGAUGAAUAAAAUUACUGUUUUUUUAACCUACUGUAAUUAAAUCUGCAUUUUUUUUUCCCA